GGUUUGUGGGCGUGGCUUCGUAGCCAGUAAUGUCUCUGAUUGGUCAGACACAAUGUAUGCUGUUACUUUUCUCAGCGCUGCUCUGGACGGACUAAUCACAGUCGAUUGAGAUUACCGGUUCACGGCGAUUGAUUUAAUAAUUUUAUAUAGAUUGCAGGGGAUGAUUUCCGUUUGUUUGCCAAGUAAAGAUACUCUGAAUUAAUUAGAUUUUUUUUUUUAUAAAAUUGACUUGCUGUCAUAUAAAUGUUUCUAAUAAAACAGAAAUUAACUGAGAUUUCAGCGACCCCUGGAGGAGAAAUCCAGAAACGUCACCAGCGCGUUGGCUCAUGGGAUGUGUAGUCUACACGAGUAACUGGUCAAAUUUUGUAGGAGGAUAUUUUAUUCUUAUAUUUUAUUUUAUUCUUGUCAAGAAUUUGCAUUUGCUCUUGUAAUAUUAUUUAAAAUUAUUUCCACCAUGGAAUAAAAAAAAAUAAUAAUAAUAAUAAUUGCGAAUUGUUAUCUUUCUAAUGCGAGUUUAUAGGCAUAUCUCGCAAUUCUGACUUUUUUUUAAACUUUUUAUUUAUUUAUUUUAUUUUUUUAUUCCGUGGAGGAAACAAAUAUAGGCUGCAGACAAAAAAAGUGCAGUAUGAGGCGGUUCAUGGAAUCGGUCCAAACCCUGAGCGAAUCAUCUGCUCUCUUCAUCAUCAGUCACUGUUCUGAGUUCAGCGCGCGCUUCUCCAGUCAUAAAUACGCUACAAGUCACAAUAAAUGACUGUCAGUGUAGAAACAGUUGUUCUGAGCGGAUCCGACAUAAGGACAGAGAGAGAGUGACCGCAGAACAGUGCACUGGACCCAGGAUGGACACCGCUGUGAACGCGCGCGUGACUGUGGCCGUGAGUGUGAUCGGGUUCCUCCAGCUCGUGUCCGCGGUCACACUGCUGCUGCACUGCACUGGAUUCAUCACACAGAUGGAUUCAGUCACAGAGCUGAAGAACCACUCUGAGGCGGUUAUUAAAGACACUGUCGUCAGUGAACGAUCAACACGUCAGAAACACAGAGAAACUCCAGCAGCUGCUCACCUGCCCAUCAAACCCUCCAGACAGACACACAGAAACGUUCAUGCCAUGAUCAUCCACUGGAACCCUGAUCAGGGUUAUCUGUCACACUUCAGAUACCACGAAGGACGAAUUCUUGUCCAGAAAUCAGGGCUGUACUACAUAUACGCCAAAACCUGUUUUCGUCACUACGAGAGCCUGGAGACGGAGGCUGGUUCUGGCCCGGGCUCGUCUGAUGCCAUCCAGCUCAUCCAGUACGUGUUCCAGGAGCGAGUCAUUCACAGCGCCCCCUCCAGGACAGUGCUGAUGAAGACCGGCAGCACGCGCAGCUGGAGGAGAGGAGCGUACGACAUGUGCUGCCACCAGCAGGCCGGACUGUUCCCACUGCGGGACGGAGACGCCGUGUACGUCAGCGUCUCCAACUCAUGGAUGCUCGACCCGGAGGCCGAAGGAAGCUACUUUGGGGCUUUCAGGAUCAGCAAAUGAGCUCCGUGAGGAGACAUAUUUAAUUUUAUAUUUAAAGAGGACCUAUUAUGCUCUUUUACAAACUCUUGAUGUUGUUUUUGGGCUCUACUAGAUUGAAUGUUGAUUAUUCUCCUCAUAUUCUCCAUUGUUGCAGCU